AUGAUGAACUUUAGGAAAAAAAACCAGUCUGAAAAUCCCAAUGAUUUUGAUGACUCUUCGUCUGUUUCUUCAGGGGAGUUCACGUCGGAAAAGGAGAAAAAUAGAAGACCAAAAGAGAAUAGUUUCACACAACAAAAGUUGAAGGCAAUCAACCCAAUAUUUACCCCAAGAACUAUCAUUCCGUCAAUGCUGGUACUUGCUAUCAUAUUUAUUCCACUUGGUGUCGCUAUGCUGUAUGGAUCUUCUAGGGUAGAGGAGCUAAUUAUACAAUACCAACAAUGUGAAAGACUGGCGAGCAGAGAUUACUAUACGGAGAUUCCGGAAGAGUACGUGGAUUUCUCUUUCCGAACCAAGACCACUGUGCGGCCUCAGUGGAAAUACUCACUAAAUGAGAGUGAGUCUGAUCCUGUUGAACAAGGAAUUUGUCAGGUACAGUUUGAAAUUCCCAAUAACAUCGGUUCACCGGUGUUUUUCUUCUACAAAUUGUACAACUUUUACCCUAAUCACCGAAGAUAUGUGAAAUCCUUCAGCGAAUUGCAGUUAAACGGAGAUGCUGCAUCCUUGAGCGCAAUCAAAGACGCAGUAGGUCAAAACUGUCAGCCACUGAGCGAGAAUGAUGAUGGUAUCAAGUACUAUCCAUGUGGACUGAUCGCCAAUUCGUUGUAUAAUGACACUUAUACGUAUCCAGUGGCUGUAAAUGGAAGUGAGGGAUUGGAUUAUGAGAUGACAAAAGAUGGCAUUGCAUGGAGCUCCAAUCAAGCGAGGUUCAAGAAGACCAAAUACAAUCCCAAUGAAGUGGUACCUCCUCCUAAUUGGGUUAAGAUGUACCCUGAUGGGUACACUGAAGACAACAUGCCUGACAUUAGUACGUGGUAUGAUUUUCAAAACUGGAUGGCUCCAGGAGGACUGCCGGUGUUUAGCAAGUUGUACUUCCGAAAUGAUACUCACUCAAUGCAAAGGGGGUUAUACGAAGUAUCUGUUGGUCUACAUUUCCCUGUUCUCCCCUAUGAUGGCAAGAAGGCCAUUUACAUAAGUACAAGGUCGGUUUUGGGAGGAAAAAAUUCGUUUCUGGGCAUUUCAUGGGUGGUAGCAGGUGGCGUUUGCUUAUUAUUGGCCUCAGUCUUUUUGUUGGUUAACAUCCUUGUUCCAAGAAAAAUGGGUGAUUUGUCCAAAGUAAGUUGGAACAAAGAGCAGUAA